UGGAUUACUAUCAUCCUUUUGUAUAAUUAUCAUUUAGUAAGAACUUAAUAAACUAUGAGAAAUUCUAGACUUUAUAAGCGAAUGUCGCGCGAACUUUUGGACAAUGUCUCCCCCUCCUGUUAGUAAUAAAAAGAAAAAACUAUUGACGAUGUCGCGACCUUCGUUCGGUUGAAUAACCCCCACGAGAACCACCAAUGUGACAUAAAUAUAGAAAUUUCCACAUAAAUUCAUUUCAAUUCGUUCAAUUUACUAUUUCUUUUAUAAUUUAGUUCUUUUUUUGAAUUGAUAAUAUUAAUAUAUUAAUUAAUACCAAUCAUAACUAUAUAAACAUGUCUUCCAAUUCAUUAGCACAAUUAAAAGCCACCGGUACUGUCAUUGUCACCGAUACCGGAGAAUUCGAAUCAAUUGCUAAAUAUACUCCUCAAGAUGCUACUACCAAUCCAUCUUUAAUUUUAGCUGCUUCAAAGAAAGCUGAAUAUGCUAAAGUUAUUGAUGUUGCCAUUGAAUAUGCUAAAGAUAAAGGUACUACCAAAGCUGAAAAGGCUUCUAUUGCUUUAGACAGAUUAUUGGUUGAAUUUGGUAAAGAAAUUUUAUCCAUUGUCCCAGGAAGAGUUUCAACUGAAGUUGAUGCUAGAUUAUCUUUUGAUAAAGAAGCUACUAUUAAGAAAGCUCUUGAAUUAAUUGAAUUAUAUAAAUCUAUUGGUAUUUCCAAGGAUAGAAUUUUAAUUAAAAUUGCUUCUACUUGGGAAGGUAUUCAAGCUGCUAGAGAAUUAGAAGCUAAACACGGUAUUCACUGUAACUUAACUUUAUUAUUCUCUUUUGCUCAAGCUGUUGCUUGUGCUGAAGCUGGUGUCACUUUAAUUUCUCCAUUCGUUGGUAGAAUUUUAGAUUGGUAUAAGGCUUCUACUGGUAAAGAAUAUACUGCUGAAACUGAUCCAGGUGUUCAAUCUGUUAAAGAUAUUUACAAUUACUAUAAGAAAUUCGGUUAUAAGACUAUUGUUAUGGGUGCUUCUUUCAGAAAUACUGGAGAAAUUAAAGCUUUAGCCGGUUGUGAUUUCUUAACUGUUGCUCCAAAAUUAUUAGAAGAAUUAUUGAACUCUUCUGAACCAGUUCCUCAAGUUUUGGAUGCCUCUUCUGCCAAGGCUAGCUCUUUUGAAAAGGUUACCUAUGUUGAUGAUGAAGCUGCUUUCAGAUAUGCUCUUAAUGAAGAUGCUAUGGCUACUGAAAAAUUAUCUCAAGGUAUCAGAGCUUUUGGUAAGGAUGCUGCUACUUUAUUAACUUUAUUAGAAGAAAGAUUCUAAGCUUGCAUACAUAGUAGCACUUGCAUUGCUGUUGUAUCCUGUCUGCUCCAUAAUAAAAUUAUAUAAACUGUAAAAACAUUAUGUCGAUCUUAGGUUCGCUAUUUUGUUUACUUUUUUCCUCUAAUUCAUAUAGUUACUAUCGUGUUGCCUAAUAUAUAAUCGACUUGUCAUUAU